AUGAGUCAAGGGGAUCUGUUAUCUCCCUUUUUGUUUGUGUUGGUGAUGGAAAUGUUGUCUCGAUUGUUAAAUAAGCCUCUUAAGUCGUUUAGGUUCCAUGAUCGGUGUGAGCUUGUGGGCUUAACGCAUCUGGUCUUUGCUAAUGAUUUGAUUCUUUUCUGUCCAACAGAGAGAGUGUCUCUGGAGUUUGUGAAGCAGGUUCUGGUGGAGUUUGCAGAGCUGUCUGGGUUAGUUGCAAAUGUGGGGAAGAGUUUCGUGUUUGUAGCGGGAGUGGAUUCUAGUGUUGAUAGGGAUCUUGUCGCGUUUAUGGGGUUCAACCUUGGUUCGUUGUCUGUUAGGUAUCUCAGGUUACCUUUAUUGGUUGGUAGGUUAAGGGCUGUGGAUUCCGCACCGUUGAUUCAGAGAAUUACAGCUCGUAUUAUAAGUUAG